AUGAUUAAAGAUCUGUUAACUAAUAUAUUAACUGUUAGACAAAUUAAAUCCAAAGAGAAUGAUCUAACUUUUGGAAACAACGUUGAAAGAAUUACUCUUACAGAACUAAUCGAUAACAAUGUUCCUGAAUUUAGAUCCGGUGCUACAGAUCAAUUAUCUUCUAUAUUAUUUAAUGGACAUUUACAGACAUGUUACACUGGAAUCAAGUCUUUCGACCACAUUGAUGAAGUUUACUAUAGAAGAUACAUUUUAUCAUAUCCACAUGGAGGAGAAGGUGCACUAGAUUUUGCAUUUAAUGACCCAAUAAAUUCACCCUUAAACACAGAAGUUCCAUAUCCUAAUCAGAAACCAUUCGAACCACCACUUUUAGGAUAUUACUCCUAUCUAUCUCCCAAUGAUCCAAAUCUAUCUUCAGAUGAUUCAAGACCUAUGCUACUUAUGUGUCAUGGUUUAACUGGUGGAUCUCAUGAAAGCUAUUUAAGAUCAAUUAUUAAAUGUUUCCUAGAUUCAAAUAAUGAAAGAAAUAGUGGAGACAAAGACUUUGUAGUUUGUGUAUUAAAUUCUAGAGGUUGUUGCCAGUCUAAUAUCACCACAUCCCAGUUAUAUAACGGCGGAUGGACUAAUGAUUUAAGGUACUGUGUCCAGUUUUUACAUAAACAAUUCCCUAAUAGGCCACUAUAUCUAAUGGGAUUCUCUCUUGGUGCAUCAAUCGUGACUAAUUAUAUUGGUGAAGAAAAUUCCGAUUCAAUAAUCAAAUGUGCUAUGGUUAUGGGUACACCAUGGGACCUAUUAGAAUCAGCUAAGUUUAUCAAUUAUACUACUAUAGGUUCUAAAAUAUACAGUCCCAUUUUAACCCAGAAUCUUUGUACAUUGGUUUUAAACCAUGAAAAAGUAUUAAAGAGAGAUCCAAUCUGGAAAGAGAAGAUUGACAAUCAACUUAAAAAUUUGUCUUUUGUAAAACAAUUCGAUGAUGUUUUCACUGGGCCAAUGUUUCAAUAUAAAGAUGCUACGGAUUAUUAUAUAGAUGCAUCUCCUAAAAAUAGAAUUCUCAUGAUAAGAACACCAUUUAUCUCAAUUAAUGCAUUAGACGAUCCUAUUGUGGGUGGAGCAUACAUUCCUGAAGAUUUAAUUGAAUCAAACCCAUUUACUAUGGUGUUAGAAACUAAUAUUGGGGGCCAUUUAGGAUGGUUCAAAGAUGUUUAUGGUCAAAGGUGGUAUCCAAAACCUAUCACCAAAUUCUUUAGGUCAUUUCAUGAAAGAAUAACAAUGAAAGAUUUAAAACCUGUAAAUAAUAUACCGGAAUAUAAAGGCCCCAAAGUUAAAACCACUUUUUAA